AUGGCGGACAGACGUCGACCCGUGCCAGCUAGGGAGUCGGAAUGUGAAAGUGAAGGAAAUCCUAAUGAAGAUUUGUCUGAAUAUGAAAGUGCCAAUGAAGAAAGUAAAGAUGGAGAGCUCGGAGAAGGUGAGGAAGAAGAAGACGACGACAGCGAAGAGACGGACAGUGAAGAAGGGGAGACAAGCGAUGACGACGAUGAUGAAGACGGAGAGUACAGUGAGGAUGUGGUAGUGGAGGGGGAAUACGAGGAUGGCUGGGUAGAGGAGGAGAGACAGAGUGGGGAUGGACAGGAACAGCCAGAAGCUAGUACAGAUGACCUGGACGAUGAUGAAGAUAAGAAAAACCCUGCCUAUGUACCCAGAAAAGGAGCAUUCUACGAACAUGACUUGCGAAUAGAUGAGUCUGGGGAACUUAAAGAAGAAAGACCCAAGAAGAAACUAUGGAAGGAUGAUGGGAAAUGGUUACAUGAUCGUUACAGCGAGACUCAGCAGGCACCGAAAUCUCGCGAGGAACUGAUCGCCCUGUACGGUUAUGACAUCCGAGCUCACGACAAACCUCCAGACCGAGCACCCAGGAUGAACAGGAGACGAGAGGGCAACCCUCGUGAUAGGAAACGACUCGGAGAUUUCAUCUCUGACCGACCCCGACAGAAAACUGACACUCCUCCGAGAUACUCCAACAAUCGUAACCGGGAGUCCCACGACAACGAAGAUGACCGGUCUCAGUAUGACAACAACCGAUCGCAGUAUGACAACAACAGCCAGAGGAAUUCCUCCUACCAGAAUAGGAAGAAUUCGUACAAUGAGGAAAGACGCGGCCAGAGCUAUCAGAACCUGAAGGACAAGGGUCCCAGAGAUUACCAUGCUGAGAGGUAUGAUCAGCAGAAAUCGUACGACUAUCGAGAAGGUAGACAAGACAACAGGGCGCGCCAGGAGCAACAUGGUCAGCAAGAUGUCCGUUAUCAGAACAGAUCUGAGUUGCGACAGUAUGAAGAUUCUAAUAGGAGGUCACACGAUAAUGAUUAUCGUGAACCUAAAGGACGCUCUGAUCGUGAUCAUAAGGGGCCGCCCGAUCAUGACCAUAGGGGGCCUGGUGAACGUGACCAUAGGGGACCUGGUGAGCGUGAUCAUAGGGGGCCUAGUGAGCGUGAUCAUAGGGGGCCAUCUGAUCGAGACUACAGAGGGCCUGCAAGAAAUCAAGGUGGUAAGGGGCCACGGUUACAGCGUGGAGGUCACAACAAUUCCGCAGAAAUGCGCAACAGUAACAGAGGAAAUAAUGGUGACGUGCGAAACAGCAGGCCAAACUUUUCAGAGCGUGGUAGUGACUCACAAGGUAGACAGUAUACAAAUUCUGGGUAUCAAGGGUCCAGAGGGGCAGAUAACUCUGCCGAGGUGAAGACAGAUGAACCGGACACCACGGAAACCAUUCAGAUCAACGUCGUGAACAAAAAUGCUCUGAUCGACAAAAAAUCGUACUCUCGAGAGCGGCGAGGGAAGUUUGUCGGACGAACACGGUUGCAGGAGAACACUGGCUUCAGCAUGGACCAGUCAUUAGCUAAAGAUGACAGAGGACUGCCUCCACGACAAGCUCCACCCAGCCAGGUCAACCCUAGAGAUCAAAAGUCAGCACACUCCCCUAACCUGCCCACAUCCCCUACAGCAGCUUCACCCCACCAGGAGCAGAAACCCUUCCCACCCCAACCUAUCAUUAAACAGGAGGCUGGCCAGAAUCGUCCCAAGAGGUACUCAAGUCAGAGGCAGCGCAGUUUGCCCGAGCCCCAGUAUCCGGAACAAGCGGCGUCUCCUGUUGAAAACCAGGGCUACUUUAAUCAAGGUUUCCGCCCCCAGGCUCCUAUCUUCAGACCAGAACAGCCAGGUCCCGCUGCACCCCGACCCCGACAGGAAGCACCCUUCCCCCCUACAGCUAUGCUACCCCCACAACUCCAUUACCCAGUGCCUGUGUCUUCAGCAGGACUGUCUAGUCCACCACGCCUCUUUGCUGGGGGUCCCCCUGUGUCUCUAGCGGCGGGGCAGCAGCUUAUUGCGUCACCCUACAUGCCCACAGGGAUGAUGUACGGUGCCCCACCACCCUACAGGAUGCCCGCCCCAGUACCUGUACAGAACUUCCCCACCCCUCCCCCAGUCACGGUGCAGGUGCCACAACCGGUCCAGCUACAGCCAACACAACCCUCCCCAGCAGAGGUGUACCGAGGGGGGACCACGUACUAUGCCCCACAGCUGCAACAGUCAAACCCUAACAGAUCCCCAGUGCGGCGCCCCAAGCUAGCUAUUCCUAUCGUCAGACCAGAGGAAACUCAAGGAGAUAAUUUAAGUCCGAGCUACUACCAAGGAGAGCAAGAUUCUGGAGAAUAUCUUAUCAUGGACGACGAUCCUGCAUAUCCCACAAUGCAUCAGGAGCAUCACUAUGAAGACACAGACAUGGUGCCCUAUCCAGUUAAAUCUGAUGGACAUGAUGCUAAGCCAUCUCCGCAUGGCAAUUCUAGGAUAGUUGAUAAUUCUAGCUAUCCCUCAAUGCCUGAGGAACCUCCACCAGAAAGCAAAAGUCGGCCAAUGCAUCCCACAGUGCCGCUGGAGUCGAUACAACAGACUGGUGCCUCGGCUGGUGACACGCAAUCGAACGUUAAACUAGAACCUGUCACUAAAGAAGAAAGUGCACCUGUUGAGAGUUCCUAUCCUGACAUAGCAGCAGGGGGAGAUAACCAGCGUAGUGGACAGAAGGUCAGUGGUGGAGAAAGUGAUACAAGGGAAGUAAGCCUGGAUUCCAUGAGUGCUGCUGUGAAGGAGAUUGAACAUGAAACUGAAAAGGGACUUGACAUAGAAUCAUCUGUGAAUGUAGAAAAUGUGUCUUCAGACAGUGCAGAGCCUGAAGGUAAAUUAGUAGUGAAAAGUGAAACCACAUAGCAAUGGUUGACAGGAAAAUAAAAGUGAACGGUUAUGGCAGAAACCAAAAGUGAAAGAACAUGCCUGUCAGCUGUUGAGGCUUUCUACUCAUGUAUUCUUGGUAUUGUGUUAGUCCACAUGUUAUCAAUGUGACGAACAUACAAUAUAGCCACAAAACAGGUGAAAAGAUAAAAUGAAAACAAGGUGCAUUGACUAAGUUUUACUCUUUGAUCAUAAUGUCUUUCUUUCUACGUGAUACAGUUCUUCAAUGUGGUGUUGCUUUUUGUUCAGACCUUUUUGAAUCAUAUUUGCAUGUGUUUUCUCUUCAUUAACCUGCCUGAUUCAGAUUGCAUUACAUUUGUGUGAGAAGUAAUAAAAAUUCACUAGGCAUGACCCCCAUACUCCCUUAUUUAUACUUCAUAGCCUUGUCCAUUUUUGGUGUAAGCUUAGUUAAAUGAUUCCAGAGGGUGGAACCAUUCCCUUUAAAGGUGUGACAGGAUAUAUAACUUAUUGUUGUUGUCGUACAGUGGAGUGAGUUGUUAGACUGUAAAAAAAUGUUUGUUUCUCUGUACAUAUUCAUAUAUCUCUGUACAUAUACAUAUGCAUAUAUA